AUGGAAACGCAGACACAGCAGCGCAUGCUGCCGAGCAAAUCGGCUGGACUCACCAACAUCUUGAACAGAGACGAGCGAGCCCCUUCGCACGCCGCUCCCCAGCUGCGCGAUUCUGGAUUUUACUCUACCCACGAAACGUCGAACAAUUCAGCAGCAUCGUUUACGGUUACUGGACUCAGCCCAGCCGGAUCUGGCUAUUCAUCCGUUGACAAGACACCUUCCCCCGUCGCCGCCUCCAAUAUGAUACCCCAAUCCAUCGUCUCCCCAGCUGCGAGCAACAUGAGCGUAGCCUCGAUGGUUUCCCCCAAUCCCGCCAACGGCAUGGAUCGAAGAUUCGAUCGACCAACUUCCCUGGACACGGCCAGCAUCUCAGGGGCAACCCUAGGAGAAGGGCUUGCUGCCGUUGCAGGUAGCCGGCGUGAAAGCGUCGACAGCAGAAUCAACCAGGGCUUCAGUGACAUGCGUCUCGGAGGCUCUGGCUACACCAGCAACAACCAAUCCUCGUCCUCCAUCCAGAACACUCUACACUCGCAACGAAACCCCAGGCCCAAUUUUGAGGCUCUCGCUGCGCACCGGAUUUCCAAUGGAUACCAGCCCAGUGUUGAGCGGAACCCAGAACCUGCCAAAGUCGUCAGAACAGCUCCUACGAUUACUGGUCCUACAACCGGGCUCAUCGCCCGUGCAGCCGAGCCGACUAAGGGUCAGGCCUGGGCUUUCCCCGAGGACGACAUCCAGAGAGUUGACAAUCAAAGGGCUGGCAGCCACCUCGUCAACAACCACUCAUCGUAUGAUGUGUCUCGUCGCAGCAGCAUUACCGAGUCUAUUGCUAGCAGCCAAUUCACUACCGAGUCGAGGCUGCCACCGGGUCAGCGCAGGCUCGACGAUGGCUCUGAGUUUUCGCGCAUGAACUCAUCCGAAUUCCCGCCCGUGCACCACCAUACCAUGCAGCACAAGCAGCUGAGCGAUCUUCAAGCUGAAGAGAGCAACGGUGCCACGGGUUCCCAGCCCUACAGCAGAACCCCCGAACUGCGUGUGAGCCACAAGCUGGCUGAGCGGAAGCGAAGGACAGAGAUGAAGGAAUUGUUUGACCAGCUUCGCGAUUUGAUGCCACAGGAGCGUGGAUCCAAGGCAUCGAAGUGGGAGAUUCUUACCAAAGCCAUUGCCGAGCACCAGAGACAGCUUGACCACAUCCGAGUGCUUCAAAAUCACUACAACCAAGCAAUGACGGAGAACGACCUGCUGCGGCGAGAGCUGUCGGGAAUGCGAAUGGAAAGCUCUCAGUACAUGGGCCAGCAGCCGCCGCCUCCGGCGCCAGUCAGCCAAGCGCCCCCCUACUCAUCCGAUCCGUAUGCCAGCGCGCCCCGGACCGAGCUGCCGCCUCUUCGGACCAUCAGCAACGGCAUCCCGAACGGCCCGGAUUCUAUGACGGGUGUUCAGUAUGAAGCGCCACGACCCAACGGAUAUCGACAAGAACGGUACUAG